AUGCAAGCUCCUGACUUUGAGGUUGCGUCUCCUCCUCCUGAUGGCAUUUCAGCACUCGCCUUUUCACCACAAGCUGAUAUUUUAGCUGUUCCUUCUUGGGAUAAUGCAGUUCGAUUGUAUGAAGUUCAGCCAGAUGGAACGACUAUACCCAAAGCCUCUUACAAUCAUGAAGGACCUGUCUUUUGUGUUGACUGGUCCAAGGAUGGAGGCUCUGUUGUGUCUGGUGGAGCUGACAAGGCUGCACGCAUGUACGAUUUGGCCACUGGACAAUCAGCGCAAGUAGCAGCUCACGACGAGCCUAUUCGAUGUGCAAAAUUCCUGAAUCAACAGGGCAACAUUUUGGCUACCGGCAGUUGGGAUAAAACCAUCAAAUACUGGGAUUUGAGAUCACCACAGCCCAUAGGUGUAGCACAACUAGGCGAGCGAUGCUAUUCCAUGGAUACAAAGGGAGAUCUCUUAGUUGCUGCCACUGCUGACAGAAAGAUCCACAUUUUCAACCUGAGCAAUCCAACAACUGUGUACAAGCAGUGCAUAUCGCCACUGAAAUGGCAAACCAGAACAGUGUCGUGUUUUAUAGACGGAAAGGGAUACGCGAUUGGAUCCAUUGAAGGGCGCGUGGGUAUUCAAUACAUUGAUGAAAAGGACGCGGCCAAAUGCUUCUCUUUCAAAUGUCAUCGAGAUGAAACCAAAAAUGUGUAUUCCGUCAACGACAUCUCAUUUCACCCAAUUUAUGGCACGUUCUCAACAGCGGGUGCAGAUGGAACCAUCAGUUUCUGGGAUAAAGAUUCCAAGCAGAGAUUAAAGACACUGCCCAGAUCUACAGGUACGAUUGCUUGCACGGCAUUCAAUCGUACUGGUAACAUUUUUGCGUAUGCUGUUAGUUACGAUUGGACCAAGGGCCAUCAAUUUCAUGCCAUUGAAGGUCAGGUCAACAAGAUUAUGCUCCACGCUGUAAACGAUGAAGAAGCCAAGCCUCGAGCACCCAUCAAACGAUAA